CUUGAACACUAAACAGUACGGACGCAGUUCCUGAAAAGGGGAUUCUGGAAUCGCAGCAAACCAGUUUUCGCAACAUUGCACAAAGUCUUGGCCUGCUGAGUGUGUUUGUGUGAGUGAAUUUUCGCGCCACCAAGCGUCUCCACUGAGUGCGAGAAGGCGCUCUGAGAAGCUGAGCAGGUUACUCUCGGAAAAUUGGAGUUUCCUCCGCGUAGGGAACCCAAACUGUCUUGCGGACGAGAGACCACGGUUCAGUCUUGAGAAGAUUUUUCCUCCGGAUAGACGACACUGAACGGAGCAGCCACCACCAGCAGGGCAGGCAGCAGAACGAAACAUAUUGUGUCCACCAGCGCAGAGAGGGGCGGUUUUUCUUGGGUUUGGAAAAUUUCCACUGCCUUUUCCUGAGUUUUUCAAGUUUUCAUUUUCUGCCUAAACUAUACUCAAAAUUGUGUUCGGUUUUUGGUUGCGUGUUUUAAGUUUUUCACACGUGCCAUCUGGCCAUCGCGUGUCCGUGUGUGUGUGUGUGCGUGGGCGUUGGAAGCCCCCGGAAAAAAGGUCGGUGCUAGCUGGAAAAGUGCAAUUUUCCAGCGGAAGCAGAAGUAGCAGAAGCAGCUGCCAAGAUGGGAUUAAAGAAUGUCUGUUGAGGAAUCAGACCGACGGGAACUAGCACAGCGGACGGACACCCGAUAGAAGGUUCCAGUUACAGCUGAAAAAAGAGCCGCCAUCAGGACUGUGAAGCCCUUGUCUUCGCUAGGCUCACCUCCCACCAACACACAACCAUUCAGCAAGUCCGCGUUCGCGUGACGCGUGUGUGCGUGUGAGUCUGUGUGAGUGUGCGUGUGUGUGUGUGUUUGUGUGUGCGUGUGUGGUAAGUGAACCCGAAUCAAACCACAGAGCAAACCGGGGACGGACAAAACUUUAAAGUGAUGUAAUAAAAGCACAAUGUCAAAUAUUGACAUAUCGACGACAGCAGCAGCAGCAAAAGCAUCAUGGACAAAUGCCGCGCGACAACAGCUGGUCGUCCGGCUGGGAGUGUGGGCCCUGGUUCUGGGACUGCUGGGCAGUAGCGUCACCACGGUGGGCGUCGCGGCCGAGGGCAAUAUCGGUUGCCUGUUUGCCGAGACACUCUGCAUCGAACAUCUGGAAUGGUGCUACGAUGAUUUCGCGUUCGGAAAAUGUCUUCCCCAGUACGGGCUCGAGCCGGAAGAGCUCUUCCGGGAGCCCCUGGACGAGGAUGCAUCCCGCUUUCUGGCCAUAAUGCUCGAGGAUCUUCAGGGUGCCAGUCUGGGCUGGGAGCAUCCGUUCACCCAGUGUCGCAUGCAGGGUGCCCUGUACGCGAUGCGCACCAACUCGGAGAUUCCGCGGAAUCUGUGCGCAAACCUGGCCCCCGAUCCGGAGGUUCUGGGUCCGCAGAGUCCGCUGGCAUUCGUACGGUUCACUCCACCGAACGAUGAGUACGCUGACGAGGUGUACUAUCCACCGUUGAAAAAGUCUCAACCAGUCAGCAAGUCCCAGCCGUCCCUUAAUGAGAAACGGUUCUUCCCAUCGGCUCGACAGCACAGCAAAAAGUCCCACCCGGAAAUGGACCCGAACCGUCACGCUCCUCCGAUGCCGAUCGUUGAAGAUCUGGAACCGGUCCCACUACCGAUCAUUUCCCCGGUCAUCGACUACCGUCAGCGAGAGCUUGAGCACAUUCGGUUGGCCAACCUCCGAAACAGAGCCAACUUCCGGCGACUCUUGGAACAGUUUGGAAACGCCGGUCCUCAAGCCUACCCCAGCCCAGACGUCACCGACUACAUCGACGAUCCUACUCCCAACGAGGUUGAACACUUCGAGAUGCGUAUCAAGCCGGAGGUGUCCUUCAGCGAGAAGCGCGAUCACUCGAUCUUCAAGGAGCAGAAAUCCGCCGACAUUGACGAAGAAAAGGCUCUCAAGAAGCUCGUCGAAAAGCUGACCCCCGUCGACGUUCCGGACUACACGUUCAUCCAUCCGAAAUCAUCGUCGUUCCGUGAGUACGCCAACGCGCAUCACAUUCCCAAAAUUUCCAACUUUGCUCCGGAGAAUGUCAACUCGGUAAACUCCGCCGGCCAGGACAAGAACUCCCCGAACCUGGACAAGUUCUACAAGAAACCGCACGGUGUACAUGCCGCCAACGACAUCAGCGAGGUGCCAAACACGUUCCGCGAGGACGCCCAGUUCGCACCCUCCGAGGCCGGACUGUACACCGAGGGUGGGUUCGUGUACGUACCGAAACCCGGAACGGCUAAGAACAAGAACGACGCACGGACGCUGCUGGACAACAUCCUGGGAUUUACCCGUCACGAGCGGUUGGACGUGAAGAAACCCGGCCCACCGGCUGGUCCUCCACCGUCGAACGAAACCCCCGGAGAGGCUCUGCCCAAGGGCAAGGAAGACGCGGACGGUGAUUCCAAGCGCCCCAAGUCCAAGAAGGAACUGCACGUGCACACGGACGAUAACCACGCGCCGCACUCGGUGGACACGGAGUACGCCCACGUGAUCCUGAGGAAUCCGAUCGACAACUGGAAGGACGGCUCGAGGAUUGUGACUGCACUAGCCGAACUCCUCAACAUGCAGGGAUACUUUACGCAUCCAAGGGUCGACCGCCACGAGGUAUCGUUCCGGGUGGAGUCCAAUCCGGACAAGAAAACGGCCGCUGACGUGGCGAAGCAGAUCAACGACAGCCGCGUGCGUAACAACCUGUCUCGUCGAUUCGGCGUGGUGGUCGAUUCCGCCGGCGUAGGUGACAAGACCAAGGACCUAGACGCCGUCACGACUGAGCGAUUGAAGCGCGUCGAAGAGGGCCCGGACGUGACGCACGUGAUGGCGUUCAUGUUUGCAGGAGCUGGUGCCGCGGCGAUCAUCGUGAUAGUGAUUACUUUAUUUCUUAUCAAGAAGCAUGAUAAAAAGAAGGACAAACUAGGCGGACUGCAGGCGGGACUUUCGGGUGCGGACAGUUGCAGCAAGGACUACCAGGACCUGUGCCGGGCGAGGAUGGCCGGCAAAGGAGCGGGCAAUACGGAAUCACCCGGCGGCAGGAUUACAUCGCUCGCGAAGGAAGCCGAGCGGCCACCGUCGUCCAGGUCAAGCACGUCUUCUUGGAGUGAGGAACCCGCGCUAACGAACAUGGACAUCUCUACCGGACACAUGGUACUGUCGUACAUGGAGGAUCAUCUGCGCAACAAGGGUCGGCUGCAGCGCGAGUGGGAAGCACUGUGCCGGUACGAGGCCGAACCGAGUGCCCGUGAUGCCGCCCUGCAGCCACAGUGUGCACCGCUGAACCGUGCCGGAGCCCCGCUGCCGUACGACCACUCCCGUGUCGUCCUGAACCACCUGGCCAACGCUGAAGGCAUGGACUACAUCAACGCUUCAACGAUUUUUUUCCCCUUCCAGACGGACCACGAUCCACGUGCCCCGGCGUACGUGGCCGCCCAGGGACCGAUGCAGUCGACGCUGGCCCACUUCUGGCAGAUGGUGUGGGAGCAAGGUGCCGUCGUACUGGUGGCACUCUGCCGACUCCAGGAGAACGGAGAGCCGGCCUGCGCGCGCUACUGGCCCGAGGAGGGCGCCGAGGUGUACCACAUCUACGAGGUGCACCUCGUGAGCGAACACAUCUGGUGCGACGACUACCUGGUGCGGUCGUUCUACCUGAAGAACCUCCGAACCGGGGAGACCCGCACCGUCACCCAGUUCCACUUCCUGUCGUGGCCCCAGAGCGGAGUGCCGACCUCGGCCAAGGCGCUGCUGGACUUCCGCCGCAAGGUGAACAAGUCGUACCGCGGACGGUCCUGCCCGAUCGUCGUGCACAGCAGCAACGGUUCCGGCCGCACCGGCGCCUACAUCCUGCUCGACCUGGUGCUCGGUCGGAUGAACAAGGGCGCCCGCGAGAUCGACAUCGCCGCCACGCUGGAGCACCUGCGCGAUCAACGGGCCGGCCUGGUCGCCACCCGGCAGCAGUUUGAGUUUGUGCUGAUGGCCGUCGCCGAGGAGGUGCACGCGAUCCUGAAGGCCCUGCCCCAGAACACGAACCCGGGCGGUGGCGAGAAGCGACCCAGCGAUCCAACGGCGGUAACUGCGACGACGACUGCGACAACGACGACGACGACGACGGAAGCCAAGGAUCAAACGGCUGCGGCAGCUACCAAUGGAGGAACCAAGGACGAAAAGACACAGGACAACACCGAGGCAAAGCGAAAGGACAAGACGGCGGAAAAGAAGUAAACGGAAAGAUGAUGGGAAUUUCUACGUUGAGACUGUAUUUAAGUUUUAAAACUGUGAAACUGAUUAUUUUUUUAAUUUGAGGUUCGGUUUUUGCCCCCCAAAAACUCGUUGCUCAAAGUGGAUAAAGUUUAACUAAAGAUCGUAAGUUGAUUUUUUGAACUUGUUUUGAGAGUUUACAAAAAGUUGUGUUCUUUUAGGAUUCUUGAUUUGCAGUAGAAGUAGAAACAUUUUGUUGGUUAAGCACAAAUGAUUUAACGACCUGAGUUGAGUACGACUUGAGUUAGCGGAACCUGAAAUCACGAUACUGGAAAACCAAUGCAAACGUCUUAGGGAAUUUUGAAUGACACAAGAAAACAAAAACAUAUAAGACAUAACCGUUAUCUAAUCAAUCCUUAAACAAAAAUUAAUGCAAAAAAAAAAUGGAAAAAAUAAUUAUUAUCUGUCAAUUUUGCUGACUAGUAGUAAAUCAAGUUGACAAAAUAACCAAAAAAAAUACACACAACACAAACACAAACACAAAGGAGGAGCAAAUCUUUCCCGCCAAAAAUCCAGGGAAAACUUUGCUCCUCUGAACAAAUAUUUUCAAGCAUCUAUUGGGAACCAUUUAAAAACAAACAAAAAAAAACAACAACCAGUGCGUCACGCGAAGCUCUCGCCGGCCGAAUGUCCGCCGCCAGCCAGCGGAUUCGGCACUACGUAGGCUACGGACGCGCCCCCCCCCCUUGCACAGAAGCGGGAAAGCGGAAUCUACGGAUCAGAGGGAAGAUUAUUUUUGAGGAAGUUAUAAUACCAUUAACACAACAACAAAAAACAUAUUCUCGUAGACACACAAAAUGUCGAGUAGGCAAGUAAAAGUUAUGAUAAAAAAAGUAAAAAAAAAUAUAUCAUCAUCAUUUAAUUAUUUCUAUAAACUGAAGUGACAGUAAACAAAGAAAAAAUCACAAAUCUCAAAACACAUACAUAUGCCACAACAAAACACACACUAGCAAAACAAACAUCUAACACAAACCAAGUUCACAUAUGUACCUCUAAAGAGAAACUUUUUUAAGACAAAGAUGAAUUUUUAAACAUAACAUACACCGUUAGUCAUGAAGAUAAUCGAAUGAAAAAGUAUAUAUUUUGGGAGGAAAGGAGGAAAGAUUGUUUAAUCAGAAGCAACCGAGACAUCAUCAUCACACAAAGAAACACAGAAGAGUACAGAAGUUAAACUGAAAAAAAAAUACAAAUCGUUAUGGGUUGGAUAGCGGGCAGUGAGUUUGGAUAUUCGGAAAAGAAAAAGUGUUUGGACAUUGCCGUAGGAUUCAUUGAGAUAUUUUCCAAAUCACAGAAUCAAAAAGUUUUAUCCGGAUAGUAAUGCAUGGAUAGUUUUAUCUUGAUAAAGAUCGAAAGUCUUCAGAUUUUACUAUCAAGAUGAGUUAUCUAAUGGGUUAACCAAAAGAGUUAUCUAGUUGGUUUAUCCAGAUUGACUAUCCAAACGGUUUGAACAAAUGUGUUAUCAAGGUAGAUUCUCUAAUAUAUUAAUCAAAUGGUUAUCCAGAAUGAUUAUCCUGAUGAACUAUCCAGCUUGGCUAUGCACAUGAGUUCUACUUUGGUUAUCCAGGUAAGUUAUUUUUUUGUUUUUCCAAAUGAAUUAUUCAGAUGGAUUAGCUAAACAAGUUAUCCAGAUCGGUUAGCCAGGUGAACUAUUCAGAUGGUUUAUUCCGAUUCUGAUAUUCUGAAGGAAUUUCAAUGCGGCUAUCCAAAAGGAUUUGCCCCAAAGUCAUUCAGAUAGGCUAUCCAGAAAUAUUAUCCAGAUGGAAAAGCAUUAUCCAGUAUUCGAGUUGGAGUAAACCAUGCGAGUUAUCCAGAUCGAUUAUCCUGCUCAGAUUGAUUUGUCAGAGUGACCUAGAGGUAUGCGGAUGCGUUAUCCAAACGAGUGACCCAAAACAAAAAUCUGGAUCGGAUAACUAGUUGGGUUAUCCAGAUGGCAUAUCUAGGUUGGUUAUACAGAUAAAUUUACCAAGUGAGUUAUCCAAAUCCAUUUUCUUAUGGAAUCUUCAAAUGGAUUGACCAGACCAGUUAUCCAAAUGGGUUACUUGGAUUGGUUAUUCCACGGGUUUAAGGGGUUUGGCUAUUCAGAUGGGCUCUCCAAAUCAGUUCUGAUUGAAUUUCAGAUAGGUUUUCCCGUGAACCAGAUGUGCAUUUUAAAUUGGUUAUCCUAAUAGAUUAUCCAGAUGGAUUAUCCUGAUGGAAUUGCAAUGUAUUUUUCUAAAAAGAUUAACCAAAUGAGUUAUCCUGAUUGUUUAUCCGGUUAGAUUAUCCAGAUCUAAACGGGUUAUUCGAAAGGAUUAUUAUUAUUAUUCAGAUUGCCGAACCAGGUGAGCUUUUCAGAUUGAUUAUCCAGGAAGACUAUCCAGAUAGAUUAUUCAGAUGGAUAAUCCAAAUGGCUUUUCCAAAUGGCUUAUUCAGAUGGAUUAUUCAGAUGGUUUAUCCUGAUGGAAUUUUAAUAUGAGUUAUCCUGGCAGGUUAUCCUGGCAGAUUAUCCAGAUAGAUUAUCCAGAUUUGAAAGCCAGAUGAGUUGACCUGACAGAACUUUAAUGUGAUUCUCUAGACGAUUUUACCAAAUGAUUAGUUAGAUCGUUGUCCAGAUCGGAGAAUGAUGAGCUUUUCAGAUUGAUCAUUCAAAAAAAAUUUCCAGAUGGAUGGAAUUUCAAUGUGGUCCUAGUAGAUUAUCCAUACAGAUUUUCCAGAUAGAAUGGCCAGAUAGAAUCUGGGUAUCCAGACAAAUUAACCAAUUUUUUUAUUAAGAUCAUGAUGCCAAAUGAGCUUUUCCGAUUGAUUAAUUAGACGAGUUCUCCAGAUCGAUGAGCUUUGCGAAUUGGAUAUCCAGGUAGAUUAUCCAAAUGGAUUAUCAUAAUGGAUUUUGAAUGUGACUCUCCAAAAGGAAACACCAAAUGUGUUUUCAAGCUGAGGUAUUCGGAUAGUAUCGAGAUAGAUUACCCAAAUGGGUAGGAGAUUAAUUGUCAAUGUGGCUAUCCAGGUGAGUUUACCAAACAGUUACCCAGGAUUUUCUUUUAUCUAAAUGGGCUGUUCAGAUGAACUGACUAGAUGAAAAGAUAUAGAUUUAUUAUCCAUGUAGAUUGUGCUGUUGGAUUAUCCAAAUAAAAUAGCAAUUUGCAGCUUACCCCAAAAUUAAUCCAGGAAGAUGAUCCAUAUGAGUUAUUCAGGUAAACUAACCUGAUAGAUUAUUUAGACAAUGAUCACCAAGAUGGUUUAUCCUGAAGGUAUCACAAUAUAUUAAAACAAACGAAUUUGACAAAUUAGUUCCUAGAUCGGUUAUCUAAAUGGGGUUUGAUUGGUAAUCCACAAAAAAUAUCCCGAUGGAUUAUCAAGAACGGCUAUCCUGAUGGAAUUUCAAUGUGGCUAUUCAGAAAAGAUUUUUAGGUGAGUUAUAAUAAUAGUUAUUCAGAUGGAUUAAACAGAUAUAUUAUUUAAAUUGAUUUUUUGCAGGGAUUAUCUAAAUGGAUAAUCCGUAUUUGUGGUCUUGAUAAGUUAUCUUGGGUUACCAAGAACAAUUAUUCUUAUGCAUUAUUCAAUUGUUUUAUCCGAAUUAAUCAUCCGAAUGCAUUAUCCGGAAAAAAGUCUUCAGAUCAUUCAAAUUGAACUAUCCAAACGUCAAAAACAGAAAUUUUGCUCAUUUUAAACUAUCCAGAUUUCCAGACUCACAGCUCUGCUAACCAAUCCGUGGCGACAAAACGAACACUUAUUGGUGCAGCUAUUAGGUAGGCCAUAGAGAAAUCAAACACUAUCGAGGAGGGAGGGUGGUAAAAGAAGGAAUUUGAGCAAAUUUGAUCGGCAAAAAAAUAUAUAGUUUUUGAUUCCUUGUUGGAUUUGACUCACACAAAAGACAUACACACGACGCAAGGAAAAGAGAAGACUUCAUACAGAUUCUUAUUUUGAGGAAAUCAUGCGAUUGUUCGAUGAAAACAGUUUAAAGUAACAUAAGUAGCUUUUAAAAGGCAUAUAUAUAGAAAGCAAAAGAAAUGGCUCUUCACGCAUUUCUUUACUAAUAUUGUAUGGACAUAUUAGCGUUGUAAGAUAACAGAACUACAAAACAAACAAAAAAUACUUAUACAUAUUAUAUAUACAGUAAAGGUACAUUUUCGCACGUCUCCAACAAGCAUAAACAGAUGUAUUUAAAGUAACUAGAUGUGUGUGUAAGAUGCACAUAAUUAUUAAAACAAAACAAAAAAAUGCAUUAAAAUAUAUAUUGGCUCACCCUGUUCUGGCCGGGUGCCCCGAGCUAUCCAGCCAGCUAGGGCACACCCGGCCAGGGCGAUCAUCCAAACUUUUAGCUAUUUUCCCUUUCGAAGAGAAUUCGAUCAAAUGAAGCGGGCACGGCCCGGCCAGACCGAAAGCCUGGGCAAAUUUCAGUGGCGCCAUUUUGAUUUGUUUUCCCUUUCUCAUUUCGGGGGCCAUACCGAAAGAUAAAAAAAAAUAUAAAAAAAACGCCAAGUUUGCCUCCCUCGGUCUGGCCGGCGUGCGAGAAGGCACGAAGAAGAAGAAUUUAAUAAAUAUUGAAAAAAAAACAAGUUUUGAAACAUUCAAAAAAGCACUUACAAAAAACUGUCUCACAAAAACACACACUUUCACACACGUUAGACGACUCAGAGACUGACAGAUGUCUAUUUUUCGGUAAACGAACUUGCCUAAUUUUUGCUACUAGACUUUUGUCCAAAAAAAAUCACACACUUUCACAAUUUGCACACACAAACACAUUACAACACAACACUCACACAGAAUCAGAGGCAAACUUGUCUGGUGACCACGGAGGAAAAUUAUGAAAAAAAUUACAUGACUUAUUUUGUAAAACGAAAUGUUUGUCCUUCGAUUUCUUGGAACAGCGUACAAGAAAGCAGCUAUACACAAGUUCUUAUAAAUAUUAUCUACUGCAGAGAAAGGUGAAAGGAAGGCAGAUUCCUUAUAAAAAAUAUAUUCGAUGUCACACAAGUUUUAAAAACUAUUUAAAUAUUAAACAAAAUGAUGCAUGAAUCCUUUCGAAAUCAUUAUCCCUUAAACAAUGUUAGACACAUUAUACAUCAGAGAUUAUAUACAAAACUUAUCCAACAAAAAAGAAAAACAAAAAAUGUAAGGAAAGAACACAACCUAAAACCAAAAUCACAAAUGGGGGCUUAUUAUACAUUAAUCAUUGUUUGACUUGAUAAGAAAUUAUUAUACCACAAUCAGUUGAAAGUAUAGCAAAAACCACGUUUAGUAGGAGUGCGCACUGACGUUUGCUGUGGGGGUCGUCACCCUCUUUGCAGGGUGUCGAGCCCCCUCGAACUUCAGUGCGCCUUGUUGUGAGAAGAUGAAAACCAAGCAUUGAAGGUGUUGAAAAUAAAUUGCAACCCAAGUCAGUUGGGGGAUUAAAUACAGAUGACAUUAUAUAGACAUAUUAUAUAUUAUUCUGUGGUAAAUGAAAGAAAAAUAUUCAUAUAUUCUUGUGUAUAAAUGUCCACAAUAAACGGCAAAGUAUUCGUAUCAGACUUAAAAACAACACAAAGACCACAUGCAAAAUAAGAUUAAAAAAAACAAAAAUAAUGUAUAUCAGCAUCAGCUUAUCCCUGAGUAAGAAAACAAGGCUUGUAUAAAAACGAACCGAGAAUUAUGCAUUUACUGAGGAAUGAUAAUUUGAACAAUGAAUGAAAUAUACGAACUGAAGGCACUUUACAAAGGAACGGAAACAACUGAACUAAGAGUUUCAUUCUUCCGUUAAACUUUGUUAUCAUUUUCUUCUGCAUACAAAUCAACUUUUUUUAUUUUCCCAAACUGAGAAAUAGCCAAA